UCCAUAGCAAUCAGCCCUAACUACCUUUAAACGCGUCUAAUGGAAAAUUAGAGUUCAUCUCCGCUCUUUGUUCUCCGCCGUCGGAGAGAUUGAUUUGCCGAAUUCGAGCUGUCUGAUUUUAUUUCUAAUCAAGCGAAAUAAACUUAUUCUCUGAGAAUGGCUAAUUCCAAAGCUUUUCACUCUGAUUUGAAGUUUGUUUGUGUUCUUCCACUGUUGAGAACUCAUGUGAGUUGAUAUGCUCAUCCUAGAUCUGUUCUUGAACUCUUGAUAAUCAUAAUGUUUAAUUAUUUCGGCUACAUGUAUAAUCUGUUUCUUGAUUCUGAUAACUUUCAAACUCUGUUUCGACCAUUGUGCAAGACACCGUUAGUUCUAACCGGCUUCCAACCUUCUGGCCUCAUCACCUCAGUGUGAUCAAAACUUCAGGCUUUCUGACUCCUCCUUAUUGAUUUUGUAACUCUUUGGUGAGUUAACCUAACCUGUUUAUUCAUUAAUUUCCGGUUCCGUAAUCGAAGCGAACUGAUUGGGCUAGCAAACUCGAGCACACAUCCUCCUCUUAUUUGGUUAUCAGUGUAUUCGGAUGAUAUAUUUAAUAUUCAUCUUCGCGCAUACAGGAAAGAUAUGCCAAGGUCGAUACUCUGUCAAUAUCCCAUCUUAAUGAGUUUAUCAUCACUGCAGUUAUCUAUCUACACAGGAACAACAAAGAUCAGACUGGAGGAUGUUGAUGCAACUUCACUCACUCUGAAUCUUGGUUCAGAAGAAGAAAUGUCCUCACCGUCACCAGGAAACAUCAUUCAUUACCGUGUAUGGCAUCGUAAAGGCCACAGAAAGAUUACAGAGGAUAUGAAUUGUGCAUUGGUGUCUCCAAACACAAGGUUUGUUAUCUCUAGACUAACUCCAGCUACAGAGUAUUUCUUCAAAGUUGUUUCCUUUAGAAGCAUCAAAGAGACGAGAGUAGAGAAAAACCAACAUCUCUACAAAAACAUCUCAAGAGAGGAAACAAGUUCAAGCACAAAAGAAAAAAAGUUGGCAAAGAAACUGUGUCUGGAGAAGGCGGGUCAAUACAGAUUUCAGACCGAAGUUUCUGACUUGGUAUGGCUUACACGCCAAUGCCGAUGAGAAAAACGUUGUGAAGGCCUUCGUUAACAGGCUCAUCGACGAUUCACCAGCUCUGGCUAACCAGCUCAUUUGCACAUUCUCUGAUCUCAUAUAAAGAAACGUUCUGCGGUUGGUGGUUGCAAUGCGUCUGAUGGAUUCAUAUUUCAUGGUUUACUUUUAUUUGCUUUACUUUCCGUUUGUCUUUUUUUGCAUUUAUCAGAACAUAUUUUAUGGAACAAUAGAUUUUGAUGACUGGGUGAUUUGAAAAAUAAACAGAGACUUCGAGCUAUCCAUGAUUGUUAUGUUUUAGGUGGGA